AUGUCAGCCCUGGUGCUCAAAAUGACCACAGCAGCCUCCUCUAUAUACCCCAAAAAGCCCUACCAAAUCCUCUUCAAUUCCAUCUCCUCUCCCUCCCCUCCCCCAAAUCGUAAAAUCCUCGUUGCAGCAUUAUCGCAAACACAUAAAUACUCCGGCUGCAGGAUAAUCCCCUGCGCACCAUUCCUCCCUUUUCCCCAAAACCCGUCCCCCAGAUUCCCUGAAUGCUUCUCCGCCUCCUCUUCCUCCCGCAACCGCAGUGACGCUAGUGGGGUUUCCUCCGAAGAUCGCGGAGAGUCCUCUGGUGGGUCCGGCUCUGAGUCCGGCCCCGGUGGUGGUGGUGGUGGUGCUCUUAUGGCCGAUAUGGGUUCGGCGAAUCAUAAAGGCGCCGAUUGGUACGACAGCCCAUUGUACCCGAACCAAGACGAAUUGCUUUCUCCUCUGCAACAUCAACAACAAAAACAACAGCAGCUGCAAUCCCAAUCCUCCUCCAAAUUCCUUACCUUGCCCACCAUUCUAACACUCGGCCGCGUCGCCUCCGUGCCGGUUCUCGUUAGCACUUUCUAUGUCGAUAGUUGGUGGGGAACAACUGCCACAACUAGUAUUUUCAUUGCUGCAGCAAUUACUGAUUGGCUCGAUGGGUAUAUUGCUCGGAAGAUGAGAUCAGGAUCUGCAUUUGGCGCAUUUUUGGAUCCGGUAGCUGAUAAGCUCAUGGUUGCAGCGACACUGGUUUUAUUGUGUUCUAGGCCUUUGGAUGUUGCUAUGUUUGGGCAAGUUCCAUGGCUCUUUGUUGUUCCUUCAAUUGCCAUAAUUGGUAGAGAGAUAACCAUGUCUGCAGUUAGAGAAUGGGCUGCUUCUCAGAACGCUAAACUUUUAGAGGCUGUAGCUGUAAAUAACUUGGGAAAGUGGAAAACAGCCACACAGAUGAUAGCACUAACUAUCCUCUUGGCAACCCGAGACAACAGCCUUGGAAGACCAGAGGUUCUAGUAGCUUCUGGUGUUGUUUUGCUUUAUGUUUCAGCAGGCCUUGCUGUAUGGUCUUUGGUUGUGUAUAUGAGCAAGAUAUGGAAGGUACUGCUGAGGUAGUGUGUGCGCCACUCCUCUAUGUUCACUGAUACACAUACUUCUCGAUCGAGCAACCAUUUCAAAUGCGAAGAGGUACUUGUCAGUGCUCUCUGUACAUGAACCCAGUAAUGAUCAAUCUUGCACAGCGUUCCGCUGAUAGUCAAUGGAGGGGACAACACAUUAUUGCUAGAGAUCUUGAAGCAUUUAAGUAAAUUUUGCUUUAAUAUUUUGGGGUGGGUAGUAUCAUUUUGUUUAAUCGCUGCCCUCGACGACUUUAUAUUCUCACAGAUGUCAUGUCAGGUUGAUCUAAUUUUUUGGAGUAAUACCUGGAUAGAGAUGUUGAAACAAAAUUUCUUCAUUGCGUAUCAUAUUUAAGGCGGUUAUUCAAUA